AUGGAAAAUCGAUCCACGAUGUUUUCUUCAUCCGAGUGCAUCAAUUGGUUUGCUUUAUUCCUUACCGAGUCUGUUGCCAUAGUAACAGUGAAUCUCCUAUCAAUCAUCAUUUUUAUAAAGAACAGUAACCUUCGCACUCGUGCCAUGUACUUGGUUAUUAACUUGACCGUAGCUGAUAUCUUUGUUGGAGGAAUUUCCAGUAUUUUUCUAUUUGAAAUACUGGGCACCCAUUGCCAAAUUGUAAAUGUAGGCUCUAAUACUGCUCCGGAAGGAAACACCACGUUGUUCGUCUUCCGGUGGUUCCCUCUCACCUCUCUAACAAGCAUUGCAGUUAUUUCAUUAGAUCGGAUGCAUGCCACGUUUCGUCCAUUCAGGCAUCGCAACAUCAAAAAAUGGGUCUACUGGGUAACUAUUGGAGCCAUCUGGGUUUUUUCUGCAGUUAUGUCAACUGCCAUGACGUUGGUAUCUCUGCGCUCUGGAAGACAAGAGCCACUUCCCUUGUACUUAUGGCUUACAUACUGUUGUUUGUGCCUACUUGUUAUCUGCGUUUCUUACACCUCCAUUGCUGUUAGAUAUUGGUGUGCAGCGCGUCCUCAACACCAUGGUGCAACCAGUAGGCAAAGAAAACUGACUGUGACAUUACUCAUUAUGACUAUUGUAUCUUUGCUGUUUUGGCUACCGUACCUAAUUUUUACGUUUGUUAUUUUAACUGGUAGGCGCUCCCUUUCUUUCCAGCAAAUGAUGCGUGUGCGAUUUACUUUAUUGCUUCUAUUUUACACAAACUCAUUUGUCAAUCCCAUCAUUUACACAAUCAGAAUACCAGAAUUCAGAAAAGCUCUCAUAGCAUUAUUUACAUGUCAGAAAAGACAAAAUGCUGCUAUUCCUCUUGCUACCCGUUAA